AUGCCUGCUCCCGCUGGAACCAAGCGCGUGCGCGGGGUUCAAAUUUAUCGUCCCUUCAUCUACGGCACCGAAGCCAUUCCGUUCGACCCAGAAAACCGCCCAAAGGACGCGCCACCCGACCAUACACACAAGUGGAGAGUGUUUGUCCGUGGGAUCAACAAUGAAGACAUAUCGUAUUGGCUGCGAAAAGUGCAGUUCAAACUCCACGACACGUACGCCAACAGCGUUCGCAUGAUCGAGAGCCCUCCGUUUGAGGUGGAAGAGACGGGCUGGGGUGAAUUUGAAAUCGCCAUCAAGUUCUACUUUGUGCCCGAGAGUACAGAGAAACCCCAGCAGAUUUGGCACGGUCUGAAAUUACAUCCAUACUAUGGGGACAUUGAACAGCAGAAGAAGAACAGAUCAAUGAUCAGCAGCGUCUGCUACGAAGAGGUGCUGUUUAAUGAACCUGUGGAGGCUUUUUACGAAAUCCUCACGGGAGGUAGCCAAGUGAACAAAUCAAAGGCAGGAAAAGGAGGAAAGGGAGUCGUCAAGGCGCCGCCCACCGCCGAGAUACCCGUGAAGAGCUCUCCUGGCAACAAAUUCAGCAGGGAAGAAGAAAGCAAAGAGCUGGACCGUCUGGGGGAGGCCGUCAAGCAAGUCCAGAAAUUGAUUGCGGAAGAAAAAGCAAAACUUACAAAGGAGGAGGCGAGACUACAGGAAUUGGAAAAGACCGAAGGGAAGCCCGUGAAGAAGAAAUGA